UUUAUCUCCGUAAAAGAAAAUAACCUCCAAUAAUAUAACGUACAACAAAUAGAUUAAUUAAAAAUUGAGGACGUAUUUGUUAAUUAUGUAAAAUUAUCAUUGAAAAUAUACCUGUUGAAGUGAAUUCGAUUAAUAUAGAAAGUUACUGACUUCAGUUCAAUUUAAUCCCUACCAUGAAUUUUAAGAAAGUAAACACUUCACUGCUUUCAACAUCCUUCUACUUUACAGGAAAGUGAAAGUUUCUUUGAUUUUCUAACAGUUUUAAUAAAAUUAAUUGCGAAACAAAUGCAGAAAUAUUCAAAAUGAUAUUCUUAGUUGGAUGUACAAUUAUAAUUCUUCUAACAGUUGUUGCUAUUGUGAGAUCAAAAAAACCUUUAAAAACUUUAUGUAAAGAAGCUAAAUAUGACUUGGUGUACAAUUAUAUUGGAUCGAGGGCGAUUCUUCAGGAUAUAAUUAUGAGAGGCAGUAACAAAAUAGAAUUAUCUUUAAAGUCUGGAAAAAAUGCUAUUAUUACCGGAGGGACUAGGGGGAUUGGACUGGAGGUGAUUAGGAUGUUGUUGAAAAGUGAUAUUAACGUUAUUAUUGGUUGUAGGAAUGUAAAACAAGGUGAGCUUUUACUUCAAAAUUUCCGAAAUGAUGGUAUUAAAAGUGGAAAUAUUGAUGUGAUCAAUCUAGACAUAAGUGUUAUGGAUUCGGUGAGGAAUUUUGCUAAAACUGUUAGAGAAAAGUACUCUACAAUAAAUUAUUUGAUAAACAACGCGGGAAUUAUGUUUGGACCCUAUAUUGAAACUAGGGACGGAUAUGAAUCCCAAUUUUCAACUAAUUAUCUUGGGCAUUUUUUGCUUACACACCUAACUUUACCUUUAUUAAAAGCAGCUGGUACAAAAGAAGAAAAAUCUAGAAUUGUUAAUGUGUCAUCUUGUGCCCACAUUGCAGGAGAAAUAAACUUUGAUGAUAUUAACAAUAGACAUGGGUACAUUGCUGGUGCGGCUUAUGCUCAAUCUAAAAUGGCUCAAAUACUUUUUACAAAAUACUUAGAUAAAAUUCUCCAAAUAGAAGAGGCCAAUGUACAAGUUCACGCAGUUCAUCCUGGAAUUGUUAAUACUGAUCUUUUCAAUGGAACUAAUUUAAAGAAAUGUAUGCCUCUAAUACCUUCCUUAAUUUUCAAAAGUCCCCUUAAAGGUGCAGUCCCAAUAAUAUAUGCCUGCUUGUCUCCGUACUUGGAAGGUAAAGGUGGUACAUACAUUGUAAAUUGCAAAGUAUUAGCAACAAGUAAUGCUACUGAUUCCGAAGUGCUACAAGAAGAAUUGUUCAAUUUCACCAACAAAUUACUUAAUAUCACUGCAUUUGGGAGUGGUGAUUGAUUUUUUUCAUGUACAAUGAAAUUGUUCAAUAUUUUUGAUAUUCUAUUUAUUCUUAUGGUUUAAAAAAUUUUAUCUGUUUUAUUUUGUUUUAAUACACAUAUUUGUUUUUCGUA